AUGGGAGACGAGGAAAUCCCUGAUUGUUGAGAAGAUCUUGAUGCUCAGAUUCCCGAAAGUGUUGUAGAAGGAGCUAUUAAAGUCGCAGAUUUUGAUUUUACUUCGAGUCAUCAAAAUAACGAUCGUCCUUUAAAUAUGCAGGAUGCAAAUCUCUCCCAAAUGGAUCACAAUUCUUUAUCAUUCCAGCAUUAUUCCCAACAAAAGACAGAAAAGCCCAAAGCAAACUCAGAAGAAAAGAAAAUCCCAAAACCCCGCAAAAUUGAGCCAGAAUCAGUCCCAGCAAUCAAUAAAGAUGGCUUAAUUUCGUCACUUAUUGAAGCAAAUAAAUCACUAGAAAUUAAGCUUGCUGAGCCAGAUAGCCGAGACCCUGUAAACUUAGUUUUCAUAGGGCACGUCGAUGCAGGAAAAUCAACAGUAUGUGGCAAUAUUUUGCUUAAAACAGAAAAAAUUAAUCGAAGAGUAGUCGAACAGUAUGAGGAAGAAGCAAAAGAAAACAACAGAGAAAGCUGGUGGUUAGCUUAUAUUAUGGAUAUCAGUGAAGAAGAAAGAAUAAAAGGCAUAACUAUUGAGGUUGGCAGAGCAUUUUUUGAAACAGAUUCAAGAAGAUUUACUAUUUUAGACGCCCCUGGACAUAAAAGUUAUGUUCCAAAUAUGAUUAGUGGUGCUGCCCAAGCCGAUGUGGCUGCAAUCGUUAUUUCAGCAAGAAAAGGGGAGUUCGAGUCAGGAUUCGAAAGAGGAGGACAGACAACUGAACACACUAUCUUGGCAAGAGCAAUGGGGGUCAAAAAUUUUAUUGUGUUGGUCACCAAAAUGGAUGACCCUUCAGUUGGCUGGUCUCAAGAAAGAUUUGAAUUCAUCAGAGCUUCUUUUUCACAAUUUUUAAGAUACACAUGCAAAAUUGUUGAUGAAAAUAUUUUUUGGGUGCCAAUAAGUGGAUUACUUGGCUUAAAUUUGAAUGAAAAAGUGCCAGCUGAUGUUUGUCCUUGGUAUCAAGGAUUAUGCUUAUUUGAACUCCUUAAUGUUAUUCCUUUACCUGAAAGAAAUUCGAAUGAGUCAUUAAGAAUCCCUAUUUUGGAUAAAAUAAAGGAUGUAGGUCUAAGUGCUUUAGGCAAAGUAGAAAGAGGAACUGUAGUGAAAGGACUAAAAACGAUGAUUAUGCCUAUUGAAUCAGAAGCGGAAAUCCAAGAAUUAUAUGGCCCUGAGGAUGCAAAGUUUAUGUAUGCAAAAACAGGAGAAAAUUUAAGACUGAAGCUAAAGGUCGGUGAAGGCGUAGAAAUCCAGCCUGGAUAUGUCCUAUGCGAUAUUCAUGAUGUUUGCAAUGUAGCCACAGAAUUUGAGGCAGAUUUAAUUCUUUUUGAUCUUUUACCUCAAAAAAUGCUUGUUUGCCCAGGCUAUGAGUGUGUAAUUCAUCUCAACAGUAUUCUUCAAGAUUGCCAAGUAACUCAAGUUAUAGCCAGAUAUGACGAGAAUAAGCAUAAAAAAAUUAAAGUCGAUUUUUGUAGAGGGAAUUCUAGAGUUAUUGUCAGGCUAUCUACGCCGACUCCUAUCUGUGUUGAGAGAUAUGUAGAUUUCCCACCUUUAGGCAGGUUUACUUUGAGAGAUGAAGAUACCACAAUAGGAAUUGGAAAAAUUACAAACCUCUUCCUAUAG